AUGUCUGAAGAUGCUUUGUUGGAAGAGGACAUUUGGGAAUACAAGUCCAUCAGAAAGCAAAAGCAUCAGAAUAGCAUCUCUACACCUGUGCAGAAAGUAAGUGAUAGCAAGGGCAGGCCAAAAAAAAAGAGAAACAGAAAUAAAAAGAAAUCUGUGGAAAAAACUGAUGGACUUCAGAAAACUGAGCAGAGAUCAAGGCCAGAUCAGGAUGUGGAUCAGUGCAAAGAUGACAGUAGUGUGCACUCACAGGAGAGCGUGAGUAGCUCGACAGGACAGAGCUCACAAAACGGGAAGCCUGUGCAUGAUGGAUACUGUCCGAGCUGCCAGAUGCCUUUCUCUUUGCUAUUGGUGCAGACACCUCGCUGGCAUGUUGCUGAAUGUUUGGAUACUCCAGGAGCCACUGAAAAAGAGUGUCCUGAUGGUUUACUGUGCAAUUCCACCAUGCCAUCUCACUACAAGCGUUACAGCCAUUUUCUACUUGCAGCAAGCAGGGCAGGAGAUUAUCUUAUAAACUCUUCAGCAGACCCUUUGGAGAGGACAAUGACAUAUUCUACUGUUACAAAGCCCUGCUAUUCCCCAAGUCAUGUAGAGGAAAUCUCACAGAAUGAGAAACAAUCAAAUAACAUGAAAAAUGUCCCAAAUGAUGACUGUACAUUGAUGGUACGCAGCUCACCACAAGGGAAGUCUCUCAACAUAAUCAGUGGAAGUACUUCCUCUUUUACAGAUAUUCAGAAGUCUCAACAGACGUUUCAGCUCACACAGGACACAGAUAACAGUUGUCAAUUUGAAUUUUAUGACUUUCCAUUCUCUCAAGAAAGUGGAACAGGAGAAGAUCCAUCUACUCAGAAAGAUACAAGUCAGCCGAGUCUACUACAGUCAAAAGUGGACUUCAGUGACUGUGAAAUUUCUUAUUCUCCACUGAGUACUUUUGAGGAAAGUGAAGACGAAAGAGAGGAAGAGGGGAAGAAAGUAAAAAUAUCACAAAAUAAAUUAUUUGAGGUUUGUAACUCUGAAAAUGAUGAGUCUAAUUCUGUAACGUUUAAAACAUUUGAUGGACAUCUCUUACAGCAGAAGCCUCAGGGUGAACAUACCAAAAUUAGACGUGUCUUAAUUAAAAAAACACACUGUGAGGAAGUAAAGACAUUUAACCAUCUGGAUCAUAACAUAAAAACAAUUUCUCAGGGUCACAUGAACAGCAAUUAUUGUAAUUCAACAUGUGUGGAUAAUCAGUAUCAAGAAAUGCUAUCCCCUGGAUCCUCUUUUAACUGCAAGGAGGUUGAGCAGCUAGAACUGAUUUCCUCUGCUGCUACAGCAGGUAACACAGAGUCAGAAGAUACUGGUGCUUGUGCUUUGGAUUCUGCGUGUGUGAGUUUUACUGACCCAUCAUCACUACUAGGCAGAGAAGAUGAUGUCUCUCUUCUGACACAGAAAAGCAAUGUUUUGAGAGACCCAACUAAUAUCUUAAUCAGCACAGAUAAAAUGACUGCCAAUGUGAUUGAAAAAACAGCUUGCCAGGAGAACUUGCAAUCAGUAGUGGAGAAAGAAGAAAAUAGAGCUGCUCUGUGCUUCUCCAGCCCCAUCUCUAAAACUGCACCACCUUUUCCUUUAGCAAGUAUGACUGCCAAAUCCAGUUCUGGCAAAGAACUCAAACAAAUGGACAUUGGUGUUUUCUUUGGGUUAAAACCCAAAGUAAAAGAGGAAAGCAAAGGAGAGACAUGUUUGAGUAAGGGAAAGCAGACAGCAGAUUCAGUAACUCCCAAUGGAAAGAGGCCCAGGCAGCAGAAAAGGAAAGCUGAAGGGUCUGUGGAAGAUGUUGAAGCAGUUGCAGAAAGUACAGAUAAAAUUGGAAGCUUUGCAGAUGUAAGCUUUGGUGGCCAACGAAGGUGGAGAAAAAAAUUUAAAGACUUACCUACUUCAGAUGAAGGGACAAGAAAAAACCACUGCCCUUUCUACAAGAAAAUACCAGGAACUGGUUUUACAGUUGAUGCCUUCCGUUACGGAGAAAUUGAAGGCUGCACUGCUUAUUUCCUUACUCAUUUUCACUCUGAUCACUAUUGUGGGCUAACAAAAAACUUCAUGUUUCCAAUCUACUGUAAUAAGAUAACUGGCAAUCUGGUGAAGAGCAAACUUCGAGUCCAAGAGCAGUACAUCCACAUGCUGCCGAUGGACACCGAAUGUAUAGUGAAUGGGAUCAAAGUGGUGUUGCUUGAUGCCAAUCACUGUCCAGGUGCAACAAUGAUCCUUUUCUAUCUACCAAGCGGAACUGUUAUUCUGCACACAGGAGACUUCAGGGCAGAUCCUUCUAUGGAGCGCUACCCUGCUUUGAUAGGUCAGCAAGUCCACACCCUUUACCUUGAUACCACAUACUGUAGUCCUGAAUACACUUUUCCUUCUCAACAAGAGGUUAUCCAGUUUGCUGUCAAUACUGCCUUUGAGACAGUGACUUUAAACCCACGUACUCUGGUUGUCUGUGGCACCUAUUCCAUUGGGAAAGAGAAAGUUUUUUUAGCGAUUGCUGAAGUUUUGGGCUCAAAAGCAAGCGUGUCCCGUGAUAAGUACAAAACACUGCAGUGCUUGGAGUCAGCAGCUGUUAAUUCCCUCAUCAGUGUGGAAUGGGCUGGUACUUUGCUUCAUGUCCUUCCCAUGAUGCAAAUUAAUUUUAAGAGCUUGCAAGACCACUUGAAUAAGUUUUCUGAGAAUUUUGAUCAAGUGCUGGCUUUCCGACCUACCGGGUGGACCUACUCUGAUUCAUGCUUUUCUCUGGCAGAUAUCAAACCUCAGACAAGAGGAAAGAUCACCAUAUAUGGGAUUCCUUACAGUGAACACAGCAGUUACCUGGAGAUGAAGCGUUUCGUUCAGUGGUUGAAGCCACAGAAAAUCAUCCCCACUGUAAACGUCGGUGACUGGCGAGCUAGAAGCUUGAUGGAGAAGCAUUUUAGAGACUGGAUGACUGAGGGCAGUAGCAGAAAUAAAGAUAAGGAAGAAGGAAUAUUUGAAAGGAGGUAG